GACGUUGUUGACAGAUGACAGUUGUUUGUCAAUACGUCACAAUGUUUCGGGUUUUGUGCCCAUUUAAAUAAUCUUAUUACUCAUAAAACAGUCAAAACAAAGCGUGCUUAUGAAUUUAGGACUCUUCAAUCGUAUGAACUUAAAAGAAAGCAGCGAGAACAAGGGGAUGUAUUCAGAAUGGACUUCUUUGAGUCUCAUGCUCCAAAACAACGACGACGCGAAUCAGAGCGUUUUGGAAAAGUUCGGCUUGACGACUAGUAAAGACGUGACGUUGGGGGUCGUCCGACAACUCGCUAGUAAUCUGGGGAUAAGUCAACCAGCGGAGCCUAGUCCUUUGGUCACCGAUAAAGAGGUGCAAUGGUGCAUGGAAGUUCUCUGCUUUGGACUUUCUUUACCCUUGUCGGAACAUGAAGCCAUCAAGGACUGCGUCAACGUGUACUGUGAGUGGCUGUCGGCGCUCCUGACGCCGAAAAUCUGCGUGCCGCAGCCCAUUGUCGAGGACCCCAACGUAUACGCGCGGAAAAUUAUAGCCCAUCUUCACUAUUUGUUCAUUCCGCGGAAGGAUGAAGGGAUUGACACGAUCAAUAGACAGGCGGUGUUGUGUCACAGGGUGCUGCGCACCCUCCAGCAGAUCGCUCACGAGUCCAAACUCCUGGAGCGCGAGACCUGGGAGGCCCUGCUUUUGUUUCUCUUAGCGAUCAACGACACCCUUUUAUCCCCACCAACGGUCAAGGAUGACGUAGCUGAUCAACUUUGCGAGCGCGUGCUGAGCGUGCUUUUUGAGAUAUGGUUGAUAGCGUGCGCUCAGUGCUUCCCGUCGCCGCCUUUAUGGAAGACGCUUCGCGAGUGCUGCAUGAACUGGCGCCACCGAGUCGCCCUCAUCGAGCAAUGGAACCGCGUCAACCUAGUCUUAACCUCCAAAGUGCUAUCCUUCAUGUACGGACCCACGUUUCCGGAACUCAAAAUCGGCGACGACGAUUUGAUCACUCACGGUAUGUCCAACGACUGUAUAGCGCAAAGUUGGUACCGGUUCUUGAACACCAUUGGUAACCCUAUUAGCUUAACCAAGCCGGAGGUGAUCAGCCAGACCCAGAAAUUCCUCCAGUUCGCUAUAAGUACCGACAACGUGAACGACCCUUGCCAGCACCCUUGUCUGCAAGCGCUGCCUCUCAUCUUCCUCAAGGCCAUCAAGGGUAUAGCCGGCCAAGUCGACGCUUUCCUCGGUGUAGCACAAGCUAUUUGGUGGGAAACUGUGAUAACAGGUGGCUGCACUACUGAUAAGAGCAAAGAAGCUGCACCCAACCAAACUUCUGCUACUUACUCACCUUCUCCCACUCCUCCUACUCAGCGCAGAUUGGCAAAAAGUUUUAGUGUGGCACCAUCCUCUGUCUCUAAGGGGAUACCGAAGUCGUCUCUGAUUGGUUUAACGACUAGUAGGAGCUCGGUAGUGGCUACUGCGUCGGCGCCUAGUUCGGGCCCGUCGUCCACCUCGAGUAUUUCAUCUCUCACGUCGUUUGGCCCUGAAAGUCGGACCCCGUUGGCUCCCGGUAGACCCAAAUGUAACAGCAUUUUACACUUGUUUGGGGAGUGGUUGUUCGAAGCGGCGUUCCUCGGGUGCGACUUACAACACAGGCAGCCGCAUGACCAAAACAAAAGAAACAGUUCGGUUUUGAUGGAAAGUUACUCCCAGCCGAGUUCCAUCAGUGACAUUCCGAGCCUACCCUCGAGUUUGACUAUUGAUAAGUACGAAAGCGGCAAAGCUGAAGCUUUAGGUACUUUGUGUAGGAUCAUGUGUGCGAAGAAAACUGGCGAGGAAAUUCUUCCGGUUUAUCUCGCUAGGUUUUACCUGGCGGUCCAGCAGGGUUUGAAAAUCGCGCCUAAUAGAGAGUGCGGGGAAACCAUGGUUGCCAUUUUGAUGAACUCGUCGGACUUGUUCAGACUGGAUUUGGACGGCGUGAGGGUCCUAGUGCCCGUUUUUAUUUCAGCUUUGGAAAUAGUCUUACCUGACAAGGAUUUAAAACUAAACUCGAAUGUCUCUAAGACUGAACUCAGACGAGCCUCCAUACAUCUCUUGUCGUCGAUGUUGGUACUCCCGCUGCACUUCCAGAACGUCGUAAUUAAAGAUCUGAUAAACACAGGUUCGUCCGACCGCCCGUGCACCUUCGGCCAGCUCAAACCCCGCCUCAUGAACCUCGUGAUGAACGCCCUCCAGAUCGAGAGCGACCCCCAGAACACCCACAUGCUCCUCGGUAGUCUCUUCCUCUGCGUGCAGGACUCCUCCAUCUACGAGAAGGUCGAACAAGUCACCCAACCCCCCACCGACACGUCAUCGAACCUCCUCAGUUCAGCGUCCGACACUGCCAGUACCAUGAGCAUGGCUAGCAGCUAUGAGCGUUCCACUUCACCCGAACAUUUUGGUCCUGUUGAUUCGUAUGAUUUAUUGCCGAUAGAUUCAGCGCAUGCGCUGUUCGUCAGGGCGACGUAUUUGGUGUGUCACAGGUUGAUCAGCUCGUGGAAGACGGAUUUGAAUGUGUCGCUGGCGGCGCUGGAGUUGCUGUCGGGGUUGGCGAGGAUCCACAUCAAGGAGUCAGCCAGAAAGUUAACAGACGCGAUGGAAUGCAAGAGGGCUGUGAAGUGGCUGUGCGACUACAUCGUCUACCAAUGCUCGCGCCCGCCCCCAGCCCACUCCAAAGACCUCCACUCCACCAUCGUCGCCGCCUUCCAAUGCUGCUCAGUCUGGCUCCUCGAGCACCCCUACUUACUCAGAGACAAAGACUGUCUCACCACCGUACUAGAAGUAGCAGAAUUAGGUGUCUCGGGCACCAAAUCCGUUGGCAAACCUGGCGAAAACGUCAAAAUGAAAGAACAAAAAGAACUGAAGCCGGCGUCGAUGCGUGUGCGAGACGCCGCCGAGAAUCUCCUCACGUGCAUCCUCGAACAAGUCGGCUAUUUCCCGAACGAGUGCGGCCCUGAGUCCAUUUCGUCACUCCUUGACGAAGUAGCCCUAUUGCAACAUUGCAACUCCUGGCCUACUAAUUGCACGGAUCAGGCGACUGCGGUCGAAAAAUUUAGGUACUUUGUGACGGAGGGCUCGGUUGUGUUGGCGCUCCUGGAGGAACCGUUGGGGAAUGACCAGGACCCGCAACCCACUGUCACUAUUUUAAUACGGGGUCCGUUUGGUCGACACGCUUGGACUAUGCAACUACGACACUUACCGAGGCAUCGGUCGGGGACUAAGUGCCACGCGCCGAAUCCCGGUAGGCCGGUCGUGAUGCAAGAGACGCCUUUGUGUCCUCAAGUCAAACAAAAGUACUUUCCUGAUAGCGUCGAUAGGGUAACGCAAUGCAAAGUUGACCAGUCGAUUCCGCUUCUGGAUACUGUUAUAGCACAAAACGAAGAAAUUAACGAAGAUACGAAUAAGUUGGUUCAGUUGAUUGAGCGCCAGGCGACCGUAGAAACCAAUUUAGCGGCGACUCAGUCAAAUUUUGUCGCUCAGGAGUGCACUCCGCCCCCUGUAGUGCACGAUUUUCAAACUUCUAGGUUAUUUUUGUCCCAUUUCGGGCUACUUUCUUUGGGGGACGAGAACGACGAAGCUCCUACGUUGACAGCUCUCGAUAGCAGCGCUGGCGACUUUUGUAAAGAUCUGUCACUUUUGGACCACUUGAGUCCGAGGACUUGCGACACCGUACACAUUUUUUACGUCAAGUCGCAACAAGUUGACGCACAGGAUAUAGUCAACAACGUGCGAACCGAACAAGGGAUUUCGUCCUACUUUUUCGAGUUUAUUCACACCUUAGGGUGGCCAGUCGAAGUCAACAAACAUCCAGGUUGGACCGGUCACGUUUCCACCAGUUGGAAGGUGUCUCCACAAGAAUCCCCCGUUGCGUCACGUAGUACGUCAUACGACGGCUCCACGCACGUGUUGUACUGGGCCGACGCAUGCGCAGAAAUCGCCUUCGUGGUACCAUCCACCAUCAAACCGGCGGACCCCCCCUCCGAGCAAUCAUCCUUCAACGCAUCAAUUUGGUACGAGCGCAGCCUAUCAGAAACCAGUACCACUAGUAAAGACAAAAGAGCCCUAAGUUUGGAACUAGAUAAACAACCGGUGCCACCUCGGCGCUCGGGUCCACGUUCCAACCUCCACCCUUUCACGAACACGAAAAUCAUGGUAGUGUGGCUGGAGAGUUUCGAGGAUCAUUUAAAUCUGCCAAUCGAUGAUUUGCUGAAUUCGAUGACGACAGGGUUAGAGCGUGGCGCCAUUAUUAAAAGUAGCGAGGUUUUAGUGAUUUAUUUGCAUUUGAUGGCGUCGGGGUUGCUGCGGGUGCACUUGCAAGGUCCCUCGGGACGUGUGGGUUUGGCGUCGCCUUUGGUGGACGGGAUGGUGUUGAGUAGGCGGGCUUUGGGACCGCUGGUUAGACAUACGGCUUUGAAUAUGGCGCGACGGAGGCGUCUGGAUUCUGAUAGUUACCAACCCCCUCAUAUCCGACGCCGUUUAAAAAUACAGGAGAUGGUGCAGAAGUAUAAACGAGAAAUGACUAAACCAGAAUUGUUAACUUAUUUAUUUAGCUCUACAUAAUCAUUAAGUAAUUAAAUAGAAUUGGUGAUUU